CACUCCUCCGACCAUCACCCCUCCGACCAUCGCCUCCAUCUUGCCAUUACCUGCCUACCCGCUCUGGAUUUGCAAGCAACGCCUUCACAAUGAAUCCAGCUCGUCCCCUGCAGCGAGCGAGUCGCAUAUUGAGCCGCCCGUCGGCCAUCCCGGCCCUGUCGCGGAGCUUCACCAGCUCCAUCCCGUCGCGAUCACCACUACCAGCUUCAUCGACGGCCCGACCUGCGCGAGGAUGGACGCCCACGCCGUUCGUCACAGAGACGGUGGGCGGAGGCUGGCACACAUACGACAUCUUCUCGCGCCUCCUCAAAGAGCGCAUCAUCUGCCUGAACGGCGAAGUCGACGAAACCAUGUCCGCCUCCAUCGUCGCCCAACUUCUGUUUCUGGAAGCCGAUAACCCCCAAAAGCCCAUCCACCUGUACAUCAACUCCCCCGGGGGGUCGGUCACGGCCGGCCUGGCGAUCUACGACACAAUGACCUACAUCGCCAGCCCGGUCUCCACGAUCUGCGUGGGCCAAGCGGCGUCCAUGGGCUCGCUGCUCCUGUGCGGCGGCCACCCGGGCAAACGGUACUGCCUGCCGCACUCGUCGAUCAUGAUCCACCAACCGUCCGGCGGGUACUUCGGGCAGGCCAGCGACAUCGCGAUCCACGCCAAGGAGAUCCUGCGCGUGCGCAGCCAGCUCAACAAGAUCUACCAGCGGCAUCUGACGGGCAAGAAGGUGCUGUCGCUGGAUGAGAUUGAGAAGCUGAUGGAGCGGGAUUACUUCAUGGGGGCGAAGGAGGCGCUGGAGAUGGGGAUUGUGGAUGAGAUUUUGGAUCGGAGGCCCGGUGGUGGGCCCAAGGAAAGUGGUGGUGGAGGAGGAGGAGAGGCGAAGGGGGAUGGGAACGGGAAUGGUGGGGAGGAGUAGGUACUAGGUGAUUAGGCCGGGUUAGGGUUUGGGUUGGUUAUAGCUGGUUUUCUUCCUGAUGAGUGGAAGGAGAAGCGGGAGGGGGGUUGAGGUUGAUGUUUAUACAUACCCUGGGUUAAUUGUCUUUUUCUACUUUGUGUUUUUGUGGUUGUACCUUCUAUGUGAUGCUGACGAUCAUAUACUGAUGAUGACGAAGAGCUGGGAGAUAGAAACUCCACCACAUUCCACUCCACUCCGCCCAGCCUUUCCUGCUUGACUGCCGUGUCAGAUAUUAGACAAUAACUUACUCAUGAUGCACUACCC